GCGCCCGCCGAGCGCCGGACCGAACGCGUCGACGUGUUCUUCUCCGUCGCCGAGCGGGUCAAGCUGACCGAGGACGCGCGGGCGUGCGGCCUCAGCCCCGCCGCCUACAUCCGCAAGCUUGUCGCCGGCUACCGCCCGACGGCUCAAGCCGAGCAGACGGCUGACCCGCGGUUGCUGUUGGAGCUCAACGCGAUCGGCAACAACCUUGGCCAAACCGUGGCGUCGAUGAACUGCGACCACCCGGCUAAAGCCGCUUGGCUUGUCGUGAAGCUGAACGCCGUGGGCACCCUACUCAACCGCGCCGUCGCCGACCUGCACGCCGGUUCCUCUCGGUCGCUACAAGCCAUGUUCAUUGAACUGCAACGCGGCUACAGCUUCAAAGGCGUCGCGCAGUACUGCUUGCAUGACGCCGACCGCGCGAAGACCUCCGACCGGGUCGAUUUCGUCGAAGUCCGUAACCUCGCCACCGACAACCCGCAGGUCGCCUGGCGGAUCAUGGCCGCCAAGCACUACGCCCAGGACGAACUCAAGCGCAAAGCGGGUGUUGGUUUGGGCGGCCCGAAGGACGGCAAACCGGUCGGGCACCUCUUCAUCAGCUGGGGCCGCGACGAGGCGGACGCCCAGAACCUGGACCGCAGUGAGAUGCUCUACUCGGCCAAUGCGGCGCUGCGGGCGAUCGGGGCCGACCAUUACCCGGCGCUGGUGAUCGCCCACAACGACACCGAGCAUCCGCAUUGCCAUAUCGUCUGCUGCUUCAUCGGCGACGACGGACGGCUCAAGACGAACUGGAAAGAGAAGGAGAAGCUCAGCCGGUUCGCUUUGGAUCGGGAGAUCGCCGUCCAUGGUGAGCCGGUCGUCAAGCUGCGCGAACGCAACUGGAAGCACCGCGACGCGGGCGAGAAGACGCCGACCAAGAAGAAGCAGCCCCGGCAUCACUACGAGCUGGAGAAAGCGGCCGAGCAGGAUGAAAAGCUACGCGCCUUUGCCGAGGAGCACAAAGCGAAGCUGAUCGACCUCACGCGCCGCGUUGAGGGCCAGGUUGAUCCCAACGGCACGGUCGUUCAAGAAGGCCAGCAGGCCCGGCACAAGCGGCACCAGGAGCGGCUACGGUGGUGCUACGAAGAACGCAGCCGCCGGAUCAAUGCUGUGAGCGAGAAGGAAAUGACGGCGCAGGUACGCGCAAUCCGCCAAGAGUAUGACCAACCCUGGCAGGAACUGCUCAACCAGCAAGAAGCUGAUCGGCACGUCUUCCGCAAGAAUGAAACCACCCUCCUCGGCCGAGCCUAUAACGUCCUCCGCUACACCGACUGGAAAGCGGUUUUCUCCAGGCAGCACGAAGCGAGCGAGAAAGGCCCGAGCAUCUUUUCACGGUCUUUCAACACGCUGAGCGAUAGUGGUCACCGCCAGCAGGUGCUCGCCAAGCGUCAGCAGGAAGAGCAAGCCCGCCUACGCGAGGAGCAGGGGCGGCAGGAGAAGCUGGUCCAGGAUCGGCAAAAAGCCGAACAGGCUCAAAAGCUCGAAGCUAACAAGUCUGCUUACACCCGCAAGUCCGCGGCGAUGAAGGAGCGCCAAGACGCUACGAAGCAAGCUAUCCGCGUGGAACGGCGGGAACUGACGCGGCAGCGCAAUGCCGAACUGCAAGCGUACCGGGCUCGCGUCAAAGCCCAGAAGCUCGAUCGCGUCCAGGAGCAGCUUGUUCGCGAAACACUUGUUGCGACGAGACCAAUUGACCUCACGAGCGAAGCCAAUCGUGCCUUCGGCGCGCCAGAUGCGUCUGAAAAGGAACAAGCCGCUUGGCAAUUGGAUAACUGGGAAGAGCAACUAGAGCAGCGGUUCCAUCGGCAGCGCGACAAGGAAUCCAAGAACGACCACGGCGGCGGUCAGGAACGGCCGGUAAGGUUGACCGCGCUUGUCGAGCGACUGCCAGCGGAAGCCGAGUUGGAUCUCGCCAAUGGAAAGCAAAUCGUCUCGGUUGGUGGUCCGGCUAGUGUUGAAGGGCGUCAUGAGGUCGGCGUCUUCGACUGCGGCGAGCGUGCUCUUGCCGUCGCCGAACAG